AUGGAAGAGGGCUUGCAAUGUAACCCUAAGACCCAGAAGGUGAUUACAUUGCGAUCUCCGCCGUUGUGGGUCGCAAUUGUUGCUUCUUCGUAUAGACAUGCAAGAGUAUGGUUUAAAAAGGAAGUUUCAAUGGCCAAGAAAUCUGUAACACAACGAAGGUUAACAAAACUUGAUGUCUACCUAUACAUACCCAAUAUAAUUGGGUACAUAAGGGUUCUUAUGAACUGUUUUGCAUUUGCUCAGUGCUUCUCCAACAAGCAGCUUUUCUCUAUUCUCUAUUUUGUCAGCUUUGUCUGUGAUGGCGUAGAUGGUUGGUGUGCUCGUAAAUUCAAUCAAGUUUCAACCUUUGGAGCUGUUUUGGACAUGGUGACAGAUAGGAUAAGCACUGCGUGUCUCUUGGUAGUUCUUUCACAAGUAUACCGGCCUGGCUUGGUUUUCCUCUCAUUGCUUGCCUUAGAUAUUGCCAGCCACUGGCUGCAGAUGUACAGUACUUUCCUGUUAGGCAAGGCUAGUCACAAGGAUGUGAAAGACAGCACUAAUUGGCUUUUUAAAGCAUACUACGGGAAUCGGAUGUUUAUGGCUUACUGUUGUGUAGCUUGUGAGGUGCUUUAUAUAAUUCUAUUUCUUCUUGCAAAGAACGAAACUGAGAGCUUGAUUGAUGUUUUAACUGGACUUGCAAAGCAUAUUACACCUCUUUCUGUUCUUGUUGGUUUGAGUUUAUUUGGAUGGGCCGUCAAGCAAGCAGUCAAUCUUAUACAGUUGAAGACCGCAGCAGAUGUGUGCGUGCUUCAUGAUAUCAACAAAAAGCAGAGCCCCUAA